GUACGCGCGAGAAUCCUGGGCUACUCUAUGCUCGAAAACCCCAGUGAUACAGGUCGCGACUUCCUUGCCCGCGAAAUCAACUCAUGUAGUGACGACGAUGAUUUCGAACGUCUGGCGACACUAUACAUCAAUCAUUACCUCCAUUGCUUCCGAGCUGUCAAAGGCCGCACUUCAACUCCAUCAACUCGCCCUUCAAGGCCCUCGUUCGAUGACAUGCAUGAAAGUCUAAAAUAUCUGCUGGAAGACUCGGCGCCCCAAGAUCAUACAACAGCAAAACAAAAGGCCUUCAUACGGGAUGGUUACCGAUGCAUGCUCACUGGCGCAUUUGACAUGUUUUCUGUCGAACGGAAGCCCCAUAUCCUCCCAGCCAAUGCUCCCAUUACGAUCACCCAUGCAGCCCACAUCUUCUCUGGAUCCGCAAACGUUGGGACAUCGGGUACUGAUCAAGAUGGUGCGAAUCACAAAUAUGCUGCUCCAGUAUGGGCUGUCUUCGGAAACACUCGGGUGCUCGAUGAACUCCACGGCGCCAACGUUCAUCGGCUGGAGAACGUGAUGACACUCCGCCUCAAUGAGCAUUCCUUCUUUGACAGGCUCAAAUUGUGGCUUGAAAGCACUAUGUAUCGGAGGGAAAUACCGCCGACAAUGACUUUCACGACUCCGGACCCCGAGAAGCUUCCCCUACCGUCUCCAGACUACUUGCGCCUCCAUGCGGCUGCGGCUCGCGUGGCGCAUUUGUCGGGUGCGGGGGAGUAUAUUGAUAAACUGCUGCGGGAUAUGGAGGAGACCAGGGUGCUGUCAAAUGACGGCUCUUCUGCACUUCUAUUG